GCGCUCGCGUCUCAGCUGACGACCAACAGCGGCACCACCCGUCUAGAACUCGACCACCAGGACAUCACGGCGGAGGCACUCGCAGAUGCCUUGAAGUCCAACUGUACGGUCACCCACGUCAACCUCGGUGUCAACAAGAUCGGAGACCAGGGCGCCAAGGCACUCGCAGAUGCACUGAAGUCCAACUGUACGAUCACCCACGUCGACCUCCGUGACAACAAGAUCGGCGACGAGGGCGCCAAGGCACUCGCAGAUGCCUUGAAAUCCAACAGUACCGUCACCCACGUCAACCUCGAGGGCAACGACAUCCGGGACGAUGGCGCCAAG